AAUGGGUGUAGGGUUAGUUGGUUUUUCACAAAGUGUAAUGAAUUAAUAAUACAGAAUAGUAGGCUGAUACACAGCCAACACACUAGGUGGGGGCGUGCACCUAUAGUCAUUGUUUUGCGGACCGCCAUAACACUAAAGAAGGAGAAGACCACUUCUUUCUCAACAUCUCUGGAUCUGGUCUGUAAAGCGGAAUAAUUAAAAAUCAAUCCAAUUUUAUUGGUCACAUACUUGUGUUUAGCAGAUGUUAUAGCGGGUGUAGCGAAAUGCUUGUAACACACUGACUACUUCGGAGGUUGCAUUGCAGUAAAUGCUGCAUGGUUCGCAGCACGUAUAGCUUGUAAUUUGUCUGCUAUUUUUUAGGCUACACUUACUGGGCCUCAGACAAUUAAAACUAUCUGGAAUCUCGGAAGAGGACGUUGUUGUUCCAACAGACUCUGGGGUAGAGGUAGACGACAACAGUAUUUUUGGUGAAUAGGGUGUUGGACGUUUUAUUGACUUUAAUAGAUUACAAUCUUAUCCAGGAUCUUUCUGAAGUAAGAUUAGGCUACAUCAGACAUAUAUUUGUCACAACGUAAGUCGAGUGUUGAUAUUUAAAUGUACGUUUGUUCUGGUCUAGCUUUAUCUGAACGCGGUAGCAAAGAAAGUAACUAGUGCAGGCUAGCUACAGAUUUACUGUCACGUUUUUUAUUUGAAGAAACUUUGAAGAAAGAACGGCUUCAACCAUGGAUCGGGACAGAGCUAGUCCGUCCCCCUCCACCCUGCCGGAGUCCCCUGGUCACAACUCUCCUGGUAUCGCCUUACUGCUGGAUCUGAAGAGGGUUUCUGUGCUGCUGGUCGACUGCAGGAAAACACCAGGGCAGAGUGGAACUGUGAGAGAAGGACACGAGGAGGGGGAGGGAGAUGGAGAUCUGAUUUCAUCAAGGGACACCCCUAACCAUCGUUCUCUUAGUGGGAGGGGCUUAUCGUCUGGGGAGCCUAAACAACAUGUUGCUGAGGAGACAGAGAAGAGUCUCUCCAGAUCAGAACAUCUCAAGAAACACCAGCAGGGACACACAGGGAAGAAACCUCACCACUGCUGCUCUGACUGUGGGAAGAGUUUCACAAGCCAGAGUGGCUUCAUUAUUCACUGUGAUCAGUGUGGGAAGAGUUUUGCUGCAUCUAACACCUUCAAAUCUAAUGUAAGAAUUCAUACAGGAGAGAAGCUUUAUAGCUGUGAUCAGUGUGGGAAGAGCUUCAAUCAUUCAGGCAGCCUGACUACACACCAGCUAACACACACAGGAGAGAGGCCUUAUAGCUGUGAUCAGUGUGGAAAGAGCUUUGCUGCAGCUUCCGCCCUGACUACACACCAGCGAACACACACAGGAGAGAAGCCUUAUAGCUGUGAUCAGUGUGGAAAGAGCUUUGCUGUAGCUUCCAGCCUGAUUAGACACCAGCUAACACACACAGGAGAGAAGCCUUAUAGCUGUGAUCAGUGUGGAAAGAGCUUUGCUGUAUCUUCCGCCCUGAUUGUACACCAGCGUGUACACACCGGAGAGAAGCCUUAUAGCUGUGAUCAGUGUGGAAAGAGCUUUGCUGUAGCUUCCUCCCUGAUUAUACACCAGCGUGUACACACAGGAGAGAAGCCUUAUAGCUGUGAUCAGUGUGGGAAGAGCUUUGCUGCAGCUUCCGCCCUGACUACACACCAGCGAACACACACAGGAGAGAAGCCUUAUAGCUGUGAUCAGUGUGGAAAGAGCUUUGCUGUAUCAGGAAAACUAACUAGACACCAGCUAACACACACAGCUGACUGUGGAGAGAAGCCUUAUAGCUGUGAUCAGUGUGGGAAGAGCUUUGCUGUAUCUUCCGCCCUGAUUGUACACCAGCGUGUACACACAGGAGAGAAGCCUUAUAGCUGUGAUCAGUGUGGGAAGAGCUUUGCUGCAGCUUCCGCCCUGACUACACACCAGCGAACACACACAGGAGAGAAGCCUUAUAGCUGUGAUCAGUGUGGAAAGAGCUUUGCUGUAUCAGGAAAACUAACUAGACACCAGCUAACACACACAGGAGAGAGGCCUUAUAGCUGUGAUCAGUGUGGGAAGAGCUUUACUGUAGCUUCCAACCUGAUUAGACACCAGGUAACACACACAGGAGAGAGAACUUAUGUCUGUCUAUGUGGGAAGAGCUUUGCUCGAGCUUCCUCCCUAACUAUACACCAGCGAACGCACACUGGAGAGAGGCCUUAUAGCUGUGAUCAGUGUGGAAAGAGCUUUGCUGUAUCAGAAAAACUAACUACACAUCAGCGAACACACACAUUAGAGAGGCCUUGCACACUGGUGAGAAAGACGCCUUAUAUCUGUGAUCAGUGUGGGAAGCGUGUCAGUCAGUUAUGGACCCUUUAUUCACACCUGUAAGGGUUUUCCUGUGGUGAAGUAGAGGUGGACCAAAACGCAGCGUGGUUAUAUUGAUUCAUGUUUAAUAAAAACAGAUAAACAUGAACACUACAAAACAAUAAACGUGGAAAACCAAAAACAGCCCUAUAUGGUGCAAAACACAGAGACAGGAACAAUCACCCACAAACACACAGUGAAACCCAGGCUACCUAAGUAUGAUUCUCAAUCAGAGAUAACUAAUGACACCUGCCUCUGAUUGAGAACCAUACUAGGCCGAAACAUAGAAAUACCCCAAAACAUAGAAAAACAAACAUAGACUGCCCACCCAACUCACGCCCUGACCAUACUAAAAUAAAUACAAAACAAAGGAAAUAAAGGUCAGAACGUGACAACACCAGUGAAGACACACUGGAGAAGGAACCUUAUGUCUGUCCAGGUGGGAAGAGCUUUGUUUAUUUAGGGCCAGUGAGAAAACAACAGAAAGCACAAACAUGCUGUAUUUCAUCUCCCUCCCAUCUGGCACCGGUUCCAGAUCCCUAAAUAAAGGAUCAGUAGAAAACAUCUAGUAAACAGUCAUAUCCAUCUCCCAUUCUUAAAUAGUUUCCUCAGUCUGAUCACCAUGGUAACCUCUGUGCAGCAUAAUAUGCAGCUCUGAUCUAGGAUCAGGUCUCCCCUGUUUCUGUAAUAUCACACAUUGAUCUACAUGGAUAAAUGUUAUCAUAGGAAAUGUCAUAGUGAACCUGUGGGGGAUGUUGAUAAUUGUAUCUUCUUUCAUGUACUCAUGAGAAUACUAUUAUUAAAUGUCAUUAUGUAGAAUAAUAUUUCAACAAUACGUGUAUAUUCAUGUAUUCAAUUGAUCAAUACAUUCAAUCCAAUUAUCUUCUAAACAAGAAGUUAUCACUUAAAUUGUGUAUUUUAUAAAUCUGUAUUGAUUAAAAUGAUCCUAAAUCUAAUCCAUAAUAUAUUGGAUAAUUAUUUCCAUGAGUUCAAGGCAAGAUCUCUGCAUACUGUGUCUUGUAACAACGGUUAAUGUAAUAACUUUUAGAUUUAUAAUGUAAUAAAACUGGUAAAUGUAACAUCUUGUUGGUUAAUAUGUUAAAAUGUUGUCUAAUAACCUUUUCCACUUAAUGUAAUAAGUUAUUGGUAUCAAGUAACAACUGUUUUUAAUGAAUAAUGUAAUAACUUAAACCGAUCAUGUAAUAACACCUAAACCAAUGUUUAAUGUGUUACUUCACCAAUGUUAAUGCACAUACCACCCUCCACCAAUUACAAACCCACACACACAAACCUAUGCCCUUGUACUCUUACACAAACAAGCACACAGUUAUAGACACAUUGAUAAAAAAAAAAUGAAAUAACAAUUAAUCGGUAGUUCUUAUAGUCAAUGAGACAGGGGGCUCGGUCGUGCAGGAGAAAGGAGGAUUGGGAAACUGCAAAUAACAAUAAACUGAACUCCGCCUCCGGGUUGUGUAAAGAAUUGCUAUUUCUUAUGCAGGUGACCAACCUACUGCUAAAUACAUGGCUACAACUCACAGUAAAGCCUGUGGGGUCCCCUACAGGAUAGCUCCCACAUUACACACUAACUGCCAAACCAGCGCACACACAUAAUCUCCUUUCUAGCCGAACAUUGUGUGCCCGAAGAGGAUUCUACGAUGACGGACAGACAACUGAGCCAAUGGCGGAAGACUACAGACUACACCCAGCCUGAACCAAUCCAAAGAUCCGAUCUUCUAGAAUCAACCUACUUUCUGUUAGUAUAUUAGGGUUGUGCUGAUUGUUAACGGCCUCUUUUCCUGCUGUUCUGUG